UACUUGCAAAUCUUUUUGGUUGCCAAUACCCAAAAAAUCUAAAUAUAAGUCACACUUAGUUUAAGUAGUAGAACAAAUCCUCUGUUUUUGUUGCUCUGUUUCAUAGUAUUGUUAAAAAAAAUAUGGGCUCAACCUCAAUUCUUUGUCAGCAACAUGUUGUAAUAAACAAACUAUGUCCUCCUCCAUUAACGUCAGAAGAAGUUGAUGACAUUGGUGGGUGGAGUUUCAUACAAGAUGUUUCUAACCCAAAAAAAGAUAAUAACGAGGUGUACGUUCACCCUCUGGUGAAGCGCUCUUCUAACACCCUUAGCAUUAAAAGCUUGGAGAUGUGUACUGAGAGCUUAGGAAGUGAAACAGGCAGUGACAUUAGUGAAAGCAUGAAGGAACACACUUUCGAAACCGAGAAUUCUCAUUUAGCUCGACGAUCAAAGUGUAAAAAACAUAACCGGAUAACUAAUUUUCCUCCUCCUCUGACUUCAAUUGGUGUUCAAGUGAGGCAGUAUCGCCAAGGCGGUCGUUUAAUCUUGAAAGCCACCCCCAUCUCGUCUUGCUUCAAAGCAGAACGCCUAAAUGGGAGACUUAGGCUUUCUUUGUGGAACAAUAGUGAAGCGCCAGACGAUGAAUAUGACAAUGUUGAUGAAAGUGACCAUGGUAAUAGAAAAUUACUAAGUGAAAAUGGAUACAUAAGACCAAGAAAGUGCAAGGAAAAUGGGGGUAGGAUCAAAGGGAUACCAAGCACCUGGGAGCCUUUUUGGGUGGCCAUUUCUUAAAUGCUUAAAAAGCUUUCUACCUAGCUACUAAGUAUUAUGUUUUCAUUUGUAUUUCUGACCUG